AUGGUCAAGCGCGCCACGCCCACCGUCUACCUGGCCGGCGACUCGACCAUGGCCGAGAACGGCGGGAGCAGCGGCACCGAAGGCUGGGGCCACUACCUACAAUACUCGCUGGACAUACCCGUGGUCAACGAAGCCAUUGGCGGCCGCUCGGCGCGCAGCUACUCGGUCGAAGGCCGCUUCUCAGACAUCGAGGAUGUGCUGCAGAGCGGCGACUUCGUCGUCAUUGAAUUCGGCCACAACGACGGGGGCUCGCUCUCGUCGAGCGACAACGGCCGCACCGACUGUCCCGGCGAGGGCGACGAGACGUGCGAGUCGACGUACAACGGCGAGGCCGUCACCGUCCACACCUACAACUGGUACCUGCUGGAGGCCGCGCGCUCCUUCCUUGACAAGGGCGCCCAGGUCAUCAUUUCCUCGCAAACGCCCAACAACCCGUGGGAGUCUGGCUCGUUUGCCUACUCUGGUAGCCGGUUUGUUGGCUAUGCUAGCAAUGUGGCCGACACGCUGGCGAGCGACGAUGUGGCGUACGUCGACCAUGGCCAGUACACGGCCAACAUUUUCGAGAGCUUGGGCAAGGACACUGUCAACUCGUACUUUACGCUGGACCACACGCACACGCAGCCGGAGGGAGCCGAUACCGUUGCCAAGGCGUUCGUCAAGGGUUUGGCGUGCGGUGGGAGUGCGCUUGCUUCUCAUGUCACGAACGCGACGGACAGCAUUGAAGGAAGCUGUAUCUAGCUAGGAGGCUUGGCUUGUUUAUGGAUGGACUGAGCUGAUACUCGGCCUUUUUGGAUGCUGGCAGGAGUGGC